AUGUUGUUGAAUGGAGUUAUGAUGUCCUUGGGGAUGAUGAUUCUGAUGUUGUUGAGAAGGGCUGAGCUGAACCAGAGAAGACGAAGCCACGAAGGAUGGUCGAGACUCGAGACAGGGGAUGGAGACUCGAUGGCUCCGGCGAACAGAGACGACGAAGGGCGGUUUGGCCAGAGGAGGGAGACUAGGUGGAGUUUCUCGAUCUCGUACUCCUCGUGGUCGCAAGAGGCAGGGCUGGCUGGAGCAGACGAACGACGGUCGAGCCAGGGGAAGGAGAGUCGGCGGUGUUCUCGGGCAGCCAAGCUCGCCGUUUUGCUGCCGUCACCGAUCGCCAGACUCCAGAAUCCAGAUGUAGGGGUGAGCUGGAGAAGAGGUGCAGCGGCGGGUUGA